AUGACAACAGGAGAGAACCACUGCAGGAGAAUAAAGAUCUUGGGAGACUGUUAUUACUGUGUGUCCGGUCUGACCCAGCCCAAAGCUGACCACGCUCACUGCUGUGUGGAGAUGGGCCUCGACAUGAUUGACACAAUUGCGUCGGUGGUAGAGGCCACAGAGGUGGAUCUGAACAUGCGGGUGGGGCUGCACACAGGACGGGUGCUGUGUGGCGUGCUGGGCCUGAGGAAGUGGCAGUAUGACGUCUGGUCAAACGAUGUCACACUUGCAAAUGUGAUGGAGGCCGGAGGGCUGCCCGGGAAGGUGCACAUCACGAGGACCACAUUGGAGUGUCUAAACGGUGAUUACGAGGUGGAACCGGGUUUUGGCCACGAGAGACACGCCUUCCUGCAGAAACAUAACAUCGAGACCUUUUUCAUUGUGCCAUCACAUCGACGAAAGAUUUUCCCCGGUAUCAUUCUGUCAGACAUCAAACCAGCCAAGAGGAUGAAGUUCAAGACCGUGUGCUAUCUCCUGGUGCAGCUGAUGCACUGUAGGAAGAUGUUCAAGGCCGAGAUCCCCUUCUCCAACGUCAUGACCUGCGAGGACGAUGACAAGAGAAGGGCCCUGCGCACGGCGUCGGAGAAGAUGAGGAGCAGGACGUCUUUCUCCGCCACCGCAGUGCAGCACUCCCCCGGAACACGUGUCAACCGCUACAUCGGCCGACUCAUCGAGGCCCGCCAAACCGAGUCAGAAACUACGGACCUCAACUUCAUCACGCUGUGCUACAGGAGCAGAGACAGGGAGCGCAGGUAUAACCAGGUUUACGAUGACCAUUACAUCAGUGCCGUGGUCCUGUCCCUGAUCCUCGCCGCUCUCUUUGGCCUUAUCUAUCUCCUAAUGAUCCCACAGGGCCUGCUGGUGCUUCUGCUGCUCGUACUCUGCGUCUGUUUCCAUGUGGCCUGCGUCAUGUAUCUACACCUCACCAAGGUCCAGUGCCAGCCGGGCUGCCUCACCAUCCAGAUACGAACUGUGCUGUGCAUCUUCCUGGUGCUGCUGACCUUCUCCGUAUCUCAGGCCAGUGUGUGUAACAUGAAGCCUCCCUUCUGCCUCCUCUGCAUCCUCUGCCUUCCCCCUGCCUCCUCUUUUCCUCCUCUGCCUUCCCUCUGCCUCCUCUGCCUCCUCUGCCUUCCCUCUGCCUCCUCUGCCUCCUCUGCCUCCCCUUCCUCCCCUUUCCCUCAUCUGCCCCCCCUCUGCAUCCUCUGCCUCCUCUGCCUCAUCUGCCCCCCCUCUGCAUCCUCUGCCUCCUCUGCCUCCUCUGCCUCCUCUGCCUCCCCUCUGCCUCCUCUGCAGGCUGGAUGUGUUCCCUGGGGCCGGGUGGUGGUGGGCCUCAACUCCAACGGCUCCGUGGAGUUUGCCCCCGCCCACAUUCUCACCGCGGGGCCUGCAAACAUCACGGCCGGGGCAAAGAGCUGUCCCAACAUGCCAUACGCCCUGCUGUCCUGUGUGGCCGGGACCCUCACCAUCGUGCCCUACCUCCACGUCUCCUCGCUCCCCAAGAUCCUGCUGCUCUUCAUCCUCUCUGUCAUCUACUCUGUUGUCAUGGAGACCAGUGGCUACCGGCAAGCAAUGGGAGGAGGGUUUCUGCAGACCCGCGGCUACGAUCCGGUGUUGGCGGCGGUGCUGUUUGCCGGGGCUUUGGCGCUUCAUUCGCGACAACUGGACCUCAAACUGCGACUUGACUAUCUCUGGGCCACUCAGGCGGAGGAGGAGAGGGAUGACAUGGAGAAGGUGAAGCUGGACAACAAGAGGAUCCUGUUCAACCUGCUGCCGGCGCAUGUGGCCCAACACUUCCUCAUGUCAAACCCCAGGAACAUGGACCUGUACUACCAGUCCUACGCACAGGUCGGAGUCCUGUUCGCCUCCAUCGCAAACUUUAACGACUUCUACAUCGAGUUGGACGGGAACAACAUGGGAGUGGAGUGUCUGAGGCUCCUCAAUGAGAUCAUCGCGGACUUCGACGAGGUGGCCAUUACAUUAGUUUUUGCUCUUUCCCAGCUAAUGGACAAGGAGUGCUACAGAGACAUUGAGAAGAUCAAAACCAUUGGCAGUACUUACAUGGCCGCUGUAGGGCUGGUUCCUACAACUGCCUCGAAGGCCAAGAAGUCCAUCACCUCUCAUUUAUGCACGGUGUCUGAUUUUGCCAUUGAGAUGUUUGAUGUCCUGGAUGCCAUUAACUACCAAUCGUACAAUGAUUUUGUUCUGAGAGUGGGUAUCAAUGUAGGUCCCGUGGUGGCCGGGGUGAUCGGAGCCAGGAGACCCCAGUAUGACAUCUGGGGAAACACAGUCAAUGUGGCCAGCAGGAUGGACAGCACAGGAGUACAAGGAAAGAUACAGGUGACCGAGGAUGUCCAUCGCCUCAUCACAGACCUCUAUGACUUUGAGUGCAGGGGUCAGGUCAGUGUGAAGGGAAAGGGACAGAUGCUCACAUACUUUCUGAAAGCGCGGCGACUGGGCAGCAGGCCAGUUCACUCACAUCAGCAGCAAACAAACUCACAGCGGAGAGCCAGCACCUUCACCCACGGCGGUGUGUGCACCAGGUUAAGCCCCGCCCCCACCAUCACCACAUACGCCACCAUGAGGAAUGCAAGCCCUGGCAGCAUCAAGCCCACUGCCUCCACCAGCACCACCAGGUACCUGCCCUCUGUCCCUGUGGCCGUGGUCUGA